ACCACUACGGCAGGCUUUGAAAAUGUUCAACAUAAAUAAUUAAAACAAGAAAACUGAACGAACCUUGUACAUAACUUUUGGUUUAGCUUCCCUGGAGCGUUGUAACCUAACCAAACCGACCAAAACUCUUAGCCAAGGUAUAAUAAAUCAUGAAAAACCUAACCAAAAAAAUCUCAGUGGGAUAUAACAUAAAUGAAAUAUUUUACCUAACAAACUUACUUCGAUUUACGCACAUACGAGUAAUACAACUCGGAGAAAAUACAAUGUAUAAUGUGAAAGAUUAUGUAUAAAGAAACUAUUAUGUACUGAAAACUUAAGUGAAAGUGUUGGAUAUUAAUGGUGUUCUUUGUUACAGGAUAGUCGGCGUUAACGCCGGCCUGGCAUGACGCGAACAACUCGGCCCUCCUCGCCCCUACACCUCUACUUACCCCUCUACGAUCCAACCUUGAACUUACUCGCAACACUCCUCUCCCUCUCCCUCCUCCUUCCAACCAACACACAAAUGAUUUCCCCAAACAUAACACUCGCCAACAAAACAAAAGAUAUCUCAAAUGAAAUUAUUCCUAAUUAUACAAAUGUAGAAGAAUUUACGAUAACCCCAGAAACUAAUGAUGAUAACGAGCUUAUUAAUAAUGUAAGUAGCAUAAAUUACCAAACACUUAUCGACAGGUUUCGAAGAAAAAAUGAUAGCACUACAGCGAUCACAACACUAGCUAAUAAAACAGUAGACAUCGAUGACGAAUACCAAAUAUAUCUUGAGCUAGAAGAUGACAAUCACACAGAUGGGCUCGAUAACAACUCAAUGGAGAAACUCCGAGUAGACGAUGCGACCAGAACAAAAAUAUUCAACGACUUUUCGAAAACAGUAAAAAUUUACAAGAACUUAUCGAAAAUUCCCGUUGAUAAAAAUGUCAGGACAACCGAUAGUGUCGAUAUGAAAACUAUGGCAGAUCGCAAAGAUGUAAAGAGGGUUUCGAAUGGAUCAUUAGGAUUCCCCACACGAGUUCCCACAUCCUAUCAUGUUCCUUCAAUUACCGAUGUUCAACAUACGCCCCGGCCAGGAUUUAUCGAAGAUUUACCUAAAACCAAGUCAAACCGUAUCGUCUCCAUCCUGGGUCUGUUCGAGCUGUCGGUGGGUGACUUGCCGCGAGCUGACGGUGUGUCGGAGCUGGCUGCUGCCAAACUCGCUGUGGACCACGUCAACAAGAGAGGUCUACUACCUGGAUAUAAGUUGCAUCUCAUCACUAACGAUACUAAGUGUGACCCUGGCGUGGGUGUGGACCGGUUCUUCCACGCGCUGUACACGGAGCGAGAGUCACGCAUGGUGAUGCUGCUCGGCACCGCCUGCUCCGAGGUUACCGAGAGCAUCGCCAAGAUCGUGCCCUACUGGAAUAUUGUGCAGGUGUCGUUCGGGUCGACAUCCCCAGCGCUGAGUGACCGCACCGAGUUCCCGCUGUUCUGCCGCACCGUGGCGCCAGACUCCUCGCACAACCCCGCCAGGAUCGCCUUCAUCAGACAAUUCGGCUGGGACACAGUGACAGCCUUCUCCCAGAAUGAAGAGAUAUACUCCUUAGCUGUCAACGAGCUGGUGACACAACUAGAGGCAGCCAACAUCACGUGUGCAGCCAGCAUCACCUUCGCGGAGUCAGACUUUAAGGAACAGCUCCAACAACUCAAGGAGUUGGACACCCGCAUCAUCAUCGGCAGUUUCUCGCAAGAAAUGAUCCCAAAGAUAUUCUGUGAGGCGUUCAGACUGGGCAUGUUCGGCGCGGAGUACGCGUGGCUGGUGUCGGGCAUGCCGCCGCGGAUCAGGGGCGCGCCGCCGUGCUCGCGGCCGCAGCUGGCGCGCGCGCUGGAGGGACUCGUCACUGUCACCGCUCACAGAGGGAUCGUGGGGGAUGCUGCUUCCUUUUCUGGAUUGGUGAGUGGAGUGAAGAGGUUUAUUUCUGUAAUCUUAGUAGUUAGUGUCUUGUCAUCUGAUGGUUGGCUUAACACGAUUCAUUGCGGGGCCCUAGAAACAUCUAAAAAGGAAGAUAUGCAUCUUUGGAAGAAGUACGCUGUUAUUAUACAUUCACUGAUAUCAUAUUUUCAGACAAACGAAAUGUUCUACCGAGAAAUGGAAGCGGCUGGAGUCGCGGUCUCCCCUUUCGCCCCGCAGACCUAUGACGCUGUAUGGGCAAUAGCAUUGGCCCUAAGCAAAGCAGAACAACUCUGGAGGUCUGGUAACAGGAAGAACAACGGGACAAACAACACGAAAUACGGACUCAGCCAUUUUGAUUACGAUAGGCAAGAUAUGGCGAAAGAGUUCCUAGACCAGCUCGCGAAUCUCAGCUUUGUUGGAGUAUCGGGUCCCGUUUCGUUCAAUGGAGCAGAUAGAAUAGGCACAUCUGCGUUCUAUCAAAUCCAAGGAGGAAGACCGAAGACGGUGGCAUUAUACACACAUGGCAGAGAGAUGUCGUGUGCAGACUGCGCGCGGCCGCAGUGGGCGGGCGGGAUCCCAGCAGCGCGUCGAGUGCUGGUGCUCAGGGUGGACUCCGUGUGGGCGCCGGCCAGACUGGCCGUGGCGACCCUUGCGGCUGCAGGCGUGGCACUGGCAUUAGCGUUCUUGGUGUUUAACUUACAUUAUAGUAAGCGGAGGUCAAUAAAGCUAUCAUCACCUCGUCUAAACAACAUGACGUUAAUCGGCUGUGUGUUGGUGUACACCGCUGUAGCCUUGCUGGGAGUCGACAACGCGACCCUGCCGUCCUACGUGCCCUUCUCCGCUAUGUGCACCGGUAGGGUUUACAUCCUCUCCGCUGGAUUUUCCCUGGCCUUUGGAUCCAUGUUCGCCAAAACCUAUCGAGUACACAGGAUAUUUAUAAGCAACCGCAGUGGAGUUUGCAAGACCAAGCUCUUACAAGACACUCCUCUGAUCUCCCUCGUCUGUGCCCUUCUCGUUAUUGAUGGUAUGAUAGUCACACUGUGGGCCAUGCUGGACCCCAUGGAACGACAUUUGAAGAACUUGACCACGGAGAUCAGCGCUACUGAUAGGAGCGUGAUUUAUCAGCCACAGAUUGAAGUCUGCAAAUCGCAAAACACAACUGGCUGGCUUUGCGCUCUCUACGCCUACAAGGGUCUACUUCUCAUCGUCGGCGUGUACAUGGCUUGGGAGACCAGGAACGUCAAAAUUUCCGCCCUAAACGACUCAAAAUACAUCGGCAUCAGUGUAUACUCCGUAGUCAUCACAAGUGCUAGUGUGGUAGUGAUCGGUACCAUUAUCUCCGAGAGAGCCACACUAGCGUACAUCUCUAUAACUAGUCUUAUUCUUAUAACAACGACUUCUACAUUGUGUUUGCUGUUUUUGCCGAAGAUUGUCGCUAUUAGGAGUAACGCCGAGGAAGACCCCGUAAUACAAAGCAUGGGUCUAAGAUUAGAAUGUAAGACUCGAAGAUUCGUGACGGACGAAACGCAAGAACUGCACUUCAGAAUAGAAAUACAGAACAGAGUGUAUAAGAGGGAAGUCGCAGCGCUGGACAAGGAAAUAGGAAGACUGGAGAAACUGUUGGCGGAACCCUUGGACUCAGGCACGGGGUCCGAUGCGUCCCUACCUUUACACAAACGGACGGAACUAAACACGGUGGAUGAAGAGGGUUUAAUCCACGCGGAUUUAGACCGCCGCACCCCAAGCAUCAGCGGUGGACUGCCCAUGUUACUCCUCUCCGUCCUACCGCCCGUCAUUCCUCGUGCCAGCUGGCCAUCAACAGACGCCUUCAGAGGCAGAAACUCAGUCAGUUUCAGUUCCCAACCAAAACUCAACUACAGGAAGUCUCAACCAGCGAUAGACCUAUACAACCUCUGUCUAAACAAACGAGAAGAACAUACAGGAUUCCUCAGCAGAAUCAAAAGCUUCUUCGGCAGUAGACCGUCAAGCAGGAAAGCCUCAACAAUGUCGAUAGCGGACCCUACUGGUCAAAGUAUAGCGGCAGCUUUAAAAAUGCACGUCGGUAUGAUAGCGGGACUAGUUCCCGGCAAUAGAAAACACUCCAUGGUUUUAUCAUGCAACACACUUCACGUUCCUCACCCAGAACUAAAACUAAGAAGAGAAUCGUACGCCAAGAGUGGUCCUAUUAUCCGCGUGACUGACGACGAACCGUCCUGUUCCUACGAUCCGGACAUUCCAAGGCAGCCACCGCAGAAGUAUAUUGCGGAACCUGAGACCAAAGUAAACUUCGUACUGCCAGCUACUCAUAAAAAGGCAGUUUCACACGAGAGCUCCUGCGAAAGGAUUAAAGGCUCACCCCGUUUCCCUCAUAAAAUAGCUCCAUCUGCUGCAAAUAGUUUGACAACUUUAGAUACGCGAAGAAAAACAAGUGCCGAUAGCGUAUUCAAUAUUACUAAUAGGGUUUUUGAAGAGCAGCGAAGGUACAGUCAUCAGAAUGUCAACCAAGACGUUAAGAGCAAGUCUGUUUUGGAGAGUAGGUGGAAGUCUACUGAGGAUGCAAGACCCGGUCCUUCGUCACGAAAUUAGAUUCAACAAAAAACGGUAUUAUCGCAUGCCAAAUUUUUCAAGGUUUUUGUAGAUGUUUGUAUAUUUUAUACUUGAUUUAAUGGCACUAUUGGAAUUACAAACGCUAAGAGAAACUGUUGAAGUCUAUAGCCAAAUGUUUUUUAUCGAAGAUAACUCUGCUCAUUGUAAGAUAUUUAGUUCUAAUACAUAAUAAAUAUAUGCUAUACUGAAUUAGUUGUAUUUAGGUAAAUAAGAUUACUUAUUGUGUAAUAUAACAUAGAUUUUGUUUUUGAACUAAUGAUCAUUCCUAUCAGUGUAGUUUGAAUUUAUCCUAAACAACUGGCAUAAUGAAUGUCGUGUAUAUAACGUCAAUUAUUUUCUUUAACUGAAAACAUUAAUAUGAACCUUGUAACAAUGAAACUGAACUCUCCAUUCCGACACCCCAUAACUUUCAGUGAUUAUCCCUUAAAUCGUCACUGUAAAUAAAUACUAAAAAAAUAAGUUUAAGUAUUGUAUCCAACAAAAUGACGACUUCUUAUCAUAAAACUAUAUCAACAUAAGUGUGUAAUUAGACUCAUUACUGUAUAUUAUGUGUAGAUAUCGACUUGUACAAUAUAAUGAAAAAGGGAUUGCAACACCAAAGAGUAGCAUUUAGUUUGACUCGGGCGGUAGAAACGCUUGGAGUAUUAAACUUGAUUUAGAAAAUGCGAGAAAUCAGAAAUCAAGAAAGUUGCGUUACAUUGCCGAGUCACGCUGCUAUAGAAUCAUAAGCAAAGAAUAAUUGGCGGCAAUGUAUAACAACUUGCAAGAUACGCUCGCAUCGUCUGCAUCAAGCUUUUUGGUCUUUAUGGCCGAUAUUUAAGUGCCAAAUGGCUGUCUCGUGGCCUUUUAAAUAUUGACAAUUGAAGAAUAACUCCUUGAUUUUUAUAAAAUUGUUCAUUUAGGCAUCCAUUUCGAACAAAUUAGAACAAUGAUGUAUAUACUAAAAGAAAUAUCCUCGCAAGGAAUGCUAUCCUUGUGACGUGGGGUAUUUCACAAACAUUUAAGUCACAUGCACAAAGUCACCCAGACAUAGGCCAAACAUUCGCGGAUCACACAACGUUUGUCCUACGAGGGCGAAACGUGCGACGCCGCGACGUAGUUUAGCAUGGUGACCUUUACCAUUGCGCUAUCCGUGUAGUCAAAACACCUAAGUCUGGUAUAGACUGAAUAUUGAAGCUAAAAAAACACGGAAUUGACCUUACAGAAGAAAAUCAAUGUUUAAAAGACCACAAGGCUAUUUUAACCAAGUAUUAUCUUAUACUAUUUUGUAAAUAUUCAAUUUUAUAUGUGUGAACAUCUGUGUUACUAAUCUUAGUGCAUUUUGUAGGAAAAUAUAGAAGAAAUUAACUUACCUAUACUAAAAUAUUAUACCUAAGGUGAUAAGUAAAAGCAUCCUACGUGUAAAUAACUUUUAAGAAUAGUCGUUUUUAACAAUGUCGUUGAUUUCACUAUAUCUUAUUUAUUAUAACAACCAUGUCAAUGAAAUUAUUUCUUUAUGUUUAAUCGUGUGUUAAUUAACUUUUGAUAACUAAUACGUAAAUGUAAUAAAAAUUGGAUGAUAAUAGUCAGCCAUAAUGAAUUAAUUAUUGCCGUAAUCUUUUUUUAAAUAUACGUUUUGAGGAUUGGCUAAGGUAAGCAGUGUACAGCCAGAAUAUAAAAAUAUUGUUUUCGGUCAGAUAACCCAACGUUUAUGAUCUUGAAAUUGUGUUAAUUAAUUAGGGUUAUAGCCCAACUCUAAUAUAAAACUUACGUAGUCCUCAUUAUAAGCAAUACUUUAGAAAUAUUUGAAAGACUUGCUGAAGUCCAAAGACACUUUAUUUUUAGAAAAAAGUGUACUCUAGUACUUGCCCUUGUAUUUAGGGACGGUCCCAAAGUGUUCAAUUGUUUAUAAAGGGAUCUUAUGUGUGUACCUAUAAGUAGAUAUAGAUUGUAAUUUGUGUGAAUAUAUGUAAUAAAAUUAUUGGUUUUAAACUUUAAAAGCAUCUUUAUUUCAUCUAACUUCUUGUACCUACGUAGUUUUUAUCAGUAGGAGUUAAAUAUUUUAUAUCGUGUAUGUAUCUGGUUUCUUAGUCGAGCAUUUAAAUGGACAUGGUUCCAACAAAUGGGGAAC